GAGGAGGACCUGCUGUGUCAUGUGCUACGACAUAUUUAGAGACCCUGUAGUUCUGUUAUGUAGUCACAGUGUCUGCAAAGCAUGUUUACAACAGUUCUGGAGCAGUAAAGGCUUUCAGGAAGGUCCUGUUUGCAGGAAAAGAUUCACAAAAUCUGAGCCAAUUACUAAUUUGGUAUUGAGAAAUCUGUGUGACUCCCUGCUACAGGAGAGAAAUCUGGAAACGUCAUCAUCAUCAGCAGCGACUGAGAUGAUCUGCACUGCCCACAGAGAGAAACUCAAUCUCUUCUGUCUGGAUGAUAGACGUCUUGUGUGUUUAGUGUGUAGAGAUUCUGAGAAACAUCUUAAUCACAAAUUUAGACCUGUUGAUGAAGCGGCACCACUUCUAAAGGUAACAACAAAAAGGUUUGCAUUUCAUAAUAGAUUCAGUCCUGUCACCCUGGACCCCAACACUGCAAAUCCUCUACUUGUCCUGACCGAUGAUCUGACCUAUCCAGAUAAUCCAGGGAGAUUUGACCAUUAUUACUGUGUGCUGGGCUCUGAGGGCUUUAACUGUGGAAUACACAGCUGGGACAUGAAGGUUGGAGACAAUACAUGCUGGUCAGUCGGAGUAACCACAGCAUCUAACCAGAGAAAAGGAGAGGUUUUCUUUAAUGCUGGAGUUUGGCGUGUGCGCUACAUGGAGUGUCAGUACACUUCACAGUCACCACAGCAAGCCCGCAAACCUUUAGCUGUCAAAGAGAGACUUCAGAUGAUCAGGGUGCAGUUGGACUUUAACAGAGGAAAUCUAUUCUUCUUUGAUCCUCUAACUAACACACUCCUGAUCACGUUCACAAACACAUUUACAGAGAAAGUCUUUCUAUUCCUGUAUAGCAGCUGUACACAUUUUACGCUAAAGACUUUACCUGUGAAGCUCAGUAUAACAGUGGAGUAAAACUGUUUCUACACUUACAUUAUCAAUAAUUUAAUAUUAAUUAUUGAACACUGCAGUGGUUAAACAAGGACAAGCACGGGAAAUUAAUCAGGCUGUUUUUAAUGAUUCUCAGUAAUAGUGUUUGCCUUUUUUCAGGGUGUAUAAGCCUACUAAACCUCUGCCAAAAAAUAAUAAUACUGAACUUCUGCCUUUACAGGUAUA